AUGAGACGCGGCGACACGUCGGACCAUCUAGACGACAGCGACCUGGGUAGCACAGCGGGCUGUGGCGAGGGGCGCGCCAAACGUCGGUCCUCCUCGGAGCGUAGUGAUGGCCGGAAGAAGGCUGGUAUGACAGCGGUGGGGGUGGUGUCUGACGGCGGAACUGUGAUGGAGGGUGUUGUCGGAGAUACGUUGAGGAUAAAGCCGGCGGAGGGAAUGGAGAGAUCUGCAGACGGCCACGUCCCUCAUACGCUGUAUGAGGUCCUCUACGCUGAUGGUGACGGCCCCAAUCAUGACGAUUACGCUCGGGCCCCCACCCCCCUGCCCUCUCACGGUGACCGAGAUCGUGAACGGCACGGCGCAGCUGUGGCUGGUAGCUGCUCCACGGACAGCUUCGCAGAGUGCCGUGCGGCAGUCAACGACACUAGCCGCAAGAUGUACUUUCCCCUACAGAUGUCAAACUUCGCGUCGGUACCCACUGCAGUACCAUCCUUGGCAGAGAUUAAGACCGCCUCCAAGCCACAGCAGCCGGUGAGCCACCACCCAAGCUGGCCAGUGCUAGAGUGCUUGGAGGUGUCUGGUGACUUCUACCGCCUCCGGAUACCUGUGCUUAUUCAUCCUGAAGUGUAUUUUGUGGUGGAUUAUGCAAUUUGCCUUGCACUCAAAUUUAAGGAGAAGAGAAUUGCACGCUACGUUGCUAUUCUGGCUAAUUCGGCAAAUCUUCGGUACCGAAGUAUGGUCCAGCCAAAGGUGCAAUUGUCCGUUGUCGGAAUCACCGUGACCAAAAAGCCUUCCGACGAGCCCUACAUGGUAAAAGCAUCUGGCUAUGAAGCGACGAAAAAUGUCAUUUAUGGAGAAACCAUACGAAAAUUUAUGGAUUACGUCGCGCUGCAAGCUUAUUUUGCUACAUCUGACAUCAUAUUUCUUCUUACAGGGAUGAAUAUGUCUCGAUGGGAGAACAACAACCUAAUUGGAAAUUGUGGAGGUUUUGCGUAUCUUGCCGGCGCCUGUACCAAGUGGAGAGUCGGGAUGACUGAAGAAAGAGCGGGCAGCUACUACGGUGUAUUUGUGCUAGCACAUGAGCUUGCCCACAGUCUUGGGUGUGUACACGAUGGACAGGGUGCUGAUUCUUGGCCUGCUGGACACAUUGGUUCAGCUGACUGCCCUUAUGAAAACGGCUAUAUGAUGAGUUAUAAGUUUAAAACUCCAUACAUGUACAAGUUUUCUUCGUGCUGCCAACGAGAGGUACUCAAUGUCUACAAUCGUCCUACAUAUGAAUGUCUUAUUGUGAAAAAUUCGAUAACAACGACCAUAUAUUCAAGUAAGCUUCCUGGUGAGGUUUCAAGUCUCACAACAUACUGUAAGCAAGUCUACCGUAGCUACACUUAUGUCACAGCUGAUAAGAAGUACAGUAUGAAACAAUGCAUAGUAAAAUGUUACAUUAACCAAAACGGAGAUAACAUGCUCAUUGGCGCCGUUGAUGGUGUCCACUGCGACAAAAGAAAGGUUUGUGUGCUCGGCAACUGCACCUACAAACCAACAAUAGACAAAGCCGAAUGAUAUGUAUCAGCGCAACCGACUUUCCAAACUUCUUUUUGAAUAUUUUCUCAAACAAAAAUCACACUCUUAAAAGAACAACAAAAAUGAAGCUUCUUUAUUUGUACAAUGGGUAAGCGUUAAUAAAACCCAGCAGCAUAAGCAUCAGAGG